UCUCGCUGAUCAGACGCACCAAAUUACAGAGCUACAGUUUUGUGCGCUUCAGCCGUGUCAUACCAGUUGUCACUUUCGGUUUGCGUGUGCGCUCCGUCCCCGCCUCGGAGGAAAACAAAAAAGAAAGAAAAACAAUAAAGAGAGAGAACUUAGUCUCUGAAAAGAUUCCCUAAUCGCCAGAAUAGACAGCAGGUGUGAAUUCAUGUCUGUAUAUUCCCCGCAGAUAUACUGCCCAGUGUUUGUGCCCAGCCGAGAUAUGACUGAGGUGAUGAUCAACAGCACCCCCAUGGAGGACAUGAGGCUCAGCCCUAGCAAGGACAGGCUCUCCUUCCAGAUAUUCCCUGACCCCUCAGACUUUGAUCGUUGCUGUAAGCUGAAAGACCGGCUGCCAUCCAUCGUGGUGGAGCCAACAGAGGGUGAAGUCGAGAGCGGGGAGCUUCGCUGGCCCCCAGAGGAGUUCCUGGUCAGUGAAGAGGAAGAGGAAGAGGAGGAAGAGGAGCAGAAUAAUGGCAGCAUCCAAAAUGGACAGCCGGCACAGAACUCUCAGCACUAGAGGCUGAGUUGCAGUGUUCUCUCUCUCUUCUUUCUCUUUCUCUUUCUCUCUCUUUUCUUUUCCUCUCUCUACCCCCCUCCUCCUUCCCCUUCACACACUGGUUACAUUGCACCUCACAACUCCAGCAGACGAACGGGCAGGCACACAUUAAACGUCUAGUGAUGCCAUCUCGUUUUCUUUGAAACCAAAGCAUCACGUCCACAAGAGAAGCAAUACAUAAACACACACGGCUCCUCGCAAAUACACAAUAAUUCAUCUUCCCGGACCUCUCACCCACCCAGUCAGACUUGAAAAGAAGACUCGCACACGCACACUUUCUCCCACCCCGUGUGUCUCGACCCAGAAUGGACGUCCCGUCGGACAGUGGCAGCUCAGUGCUCCAUGGACAGCUCUUACACUGCAGAGUGCUACUACUGCUCCCAUUCUUUUCUCCAAAAUGGCUGGCGUCAUGACCCCAGAGACUUCAUACUCACAUACAUAACUAAUGUGGUACCCGUGGGAAUUGUCUACAGUAUAUUGUCCAUACCUGUGUUGAGUUUCUGGAUUGAUAUUGUGGUUGCCAUUGCCGUCUAUAGAUUUGUCUGUUUUUGAGAAGUGGGUGUUUUGUGUAAAAUGUCACUGGGAAAUUUUUUUUUUUUUUUUUUUCAUUUUUUUUUGUUCAUAUUGGUGCAUUGUGAUGAGGGUAUAGGAUUCAGGCCUUCACAUAAAGGACAACCUGGAAUCAUUUUAGAGAAGUAAAAGAAAAAAGACGUGAAGGAAAAUAAGCCAGUAGUUGAUGCUGUGCCAUGCUACAUAAGUGAUGAAUUCAUUGUACAAAGGCUUGUUAUGCACUGAGGCGCACAACGCUUUGAUCCUGUCCUCACCUUGGCCCCCUAGAAGCCUUAUAAUGAACAGUAUUUAGAUGAUACAGUAAGAGUAAUAGUGUGCAUAAAUAAAUGUGAUGCAAGCAGGUUAUUGUUCAAAGGGGAGAGCUGAGUAAGGACGUUAAUGAUGGAAAAUUGUGAUUUUUUUUUUUUUUUCAUGCAAAAAUUUAUGUACAGACCCAGUGAAGGACGUGUAAAUACUUGUUCCCCAAUGAGCCAACCCUGACCCUUUAUAGUGCUUUGAUCUUGUUUGUACCAUAGGUUCGGUCGACUUUAUUCUCAAAUUUGUAUCAAAGACUGAAAUAAGCUCUGAGCUGUAAACACCUGAAAGUUGACCGUCCUAACUACCUACCUAGUCUUCCUAUUCUUUUGAAAACAGCCAUACGUUGUAACACCGUGAAAUGCAGAUCACAAAUGAUACACAAUGUAGGAUCAAUGAGUUCACAAAUAAUGAUAAAGGCAAUAGCUGAAACAAUAUUGUUAUACAAUAAGCUUGAAAUGUGCUUUGCAUCAUUAAACUUUUGGUUUAUGAUAAAACUAGUCCCUUAGUUUCUCAGAAUGAGUCUGACAAAAGAUAUUUAUGGGGAAACAGAUUUGUUUCCCUUGUAGUGUGCAAAAUUUUCAAAGCAGUGUUGGUCAAUUAUUUGUACUCAGCUCAUUGAUCCUGCUUUAUACCAUGGUGUUUUGGUUAUUUGCCUGUAUGCAAUUGCAAAAAUUGUGGGUGUUCCUAUUUUUUUUUUUUCCCUUUAUGCCACUGUUCAGUUAUUCAUCUUGGAGUAAUUAAGACUGUCAGUCAUGUUGUGGAGACAGUAUUCAGCUUUUGUGUACAUGUAAUCUGUUCUCUCUGAGGUUCUGUUCAAUGAACAUGUCUGAAGUUUGUCUCUGGUCUUUUUGUAAGUUCCCAGUUGAAUGGCAUUAGGGCUGUGUACAGAACAUCCUUCUCUUUCUGCUGUCUAUCACCUACAGGUCCCACAUUGUUUUUGUAAAGCUCAGGGAGAUUAGCCGCCAUCUUUCUCUUGUUUUUUUGUAUUUAGACCACUUUCUCUGUGACAAAUACAGAGGCUGUAAAUAAACAUUUGAAUUUGCUAUCCAACUGUCUUGA